GCAGCGGGCGGGGGCGCCCCGGGGCUCCGCGGCGGCCAUCGCCCCUCCUGCGGCUGGAGCGCGUCCAGAGCAGAGGCGCAGCGCCGCUCUGCUCUGCGCUCGCUCAGCGGUCCUCCAGCUCGUCGUCGUCCUCCUCCUCUUGCUCCUCCUUCUCCUGCCGGUGCCCUCGGCAGCCGCUCGGGCAGCCGGCUCCUCCUCUCCCUCCCUCCCCCUGCUCUUGCGCUCUCCCCGCUAACUUUCCCGAGCCCCGACCGGCGGCGCAGAGCUCCGGGGGUCUUCGCGGCCCACUGCAGACCGCGGGCUGCGCGCGGCUGUGCCUUGUACCCCAUCCCGGCGCCCCCGGCGCGCUCCGGAGACUACACAGCGAUGCCCGGGGCCGGGGACCGAGGCGCAGCCCGGGCGAGGUGGCUGGGCGCUGGGCUUUUGGGUCUCUUCCUGCUCCCGGUGUCCCUGUCGCUGGAAGUGUCUGUGGGAAAGGCCACCACCAUCUACGCUGUCAACGGCACGGAGAUCCUGCUGCCCUGCACUUUCUCCAGCUGCUUUGGCUUCCAAGACCUCCACUUCUGGUGGUCCUACAACACCAGUGAUACAUUCAGGACUCUCAUAGACGGGACGGUGAAGAAUGAGAAGUCUGACCCCAAGGUGAAGUUCAAAAAUGAUGAUCGCAUCACUCUGGAGGGUUCCACGAAGGAGAAGAUGAACAACAUUUCCAUUCUGCUGAGGAACCUGGAAUUCAGCGACACAGGCAAAUACACCUGUCAUGUGCAGAACCCCAAGGAGAAUAAUUUUCAGCACCAGGCCACCAUCUUCCUCCAAGUCGUUGAUAAACUGGAAGAAGUGGACAACACCGUGACCCUCAUUAUCCUGGGUGUCGUGGGUGGGGUCAUCGGGCUCCUCAUCCUCAUCCUGCUGGUCAAGAAGUUCAUUGCCUUCAUCAUCAAGAAGACUCAGGAGAAGAAGAAGGAGUGCCUCGUGAGUUCCUCAGGGAAUGAUAACACAGAGAACGGGUUGCCUGGCUCUAAGGCGGAAGAGAAACCACCAAUCAAAGUGUGAGCCCCCGUUGGGGGCCAAACAGCCAUCCGGGCCUCACUUGCUGAUGAUGAACUGAUGCUUGAGCCAUGUCCAUGAACCCACGUGCCUGAGACGCCUGCUGCUUGGCUCCAACUGUAGUCUUUCUGGGGAGAAACUGGGGUCCUGCCCAGCCAGCCCCCCCUUCCCCCAGCCAGGGCUCCCCAGGGAUGAGGGUUGGCCAGGGGAGGGGGUCUGUGGAAAGUUCAGGAAAGGAAAGGAGGGCUGGGUGGUGUGGAGGCUGGGUCCCCUGACACCUGGGGUUGCUGGGGUCUUCUUGAGUUUCCUCACCCUGAAUGAGCAAUACCUUGGUUUUCCUCCAGAUUUCUCUUUAAGAGAGGCUUGGGGGGGGGGAUCAGUGCGGCCUUCCUCAGUAGCUGGACACCAGUGAACAAUAGUGCGGCGAUCUAACCCUUUUGGUGGUGGAUGUGGCCUAGAGGACUCUGUACAGGAUCGGGGGUGGGAGCCUGAUGGAGGGGGACCUACAGUGAGAGGCUUGAUGGAUACCUGACCCCCCAGGUCCCUCUAGUAAGGCGUUUCCCUUCCUCCCCUCACAGGGUGUCUGGCAGCCCCCUCCCCAUCUCCACGCCCCACUGCUGCUUGGAAUCUGUGAACCCUCCCAACUCAGGCUGGCCACCUUGCUGUUGGGGGGUCCCGGCCCCCCUCACUGCUCCUCUGAUCUCUAAGUUCCUGAGGGGCUUGUGAGGGGGGCCCUCCAGCCUUCCUGGAGCACUGGGGUGCUGCCCAUGCCUUUCCUAGCAUUUCUUCUUGGGGAACCAGGACUGCAGAGGUGGGCGAGCCCAUGUCCAGGGCCUCUUGGCCGUUGGGAUGCCCACCCCAGCCCCAUCAGUGCUGGCUGCCCCUUCACCUCGGCAUGGUGGGCCCAUCGCUGCCCCCGGGAGCUCCUGAGCUUGCCUCUCCCCCGCUCCUCUUUCCCAGAUGGAGCAGGUGGUGUCAUCUUGCUUGAGGUGUUGUUCCCUCAAACCCUCCCCUCCUGUGGGUUCACGCCUCCCAUGCUCCUGCCCAUCCAUCACACCUUCUACCCUGGCCCAGGGUUGUUCACCUCCACCCCAGGAUCAAGGGCUUGCUUUCACCUCAGGGAUCCUCUUGUUUCAGAAGAGGGGGCCCUUGGGUUUUCUGGCUGCUUCCUGUUCAGCUGUGUCACCCUCUCCCCCCUCCCCCAGGGUUAGGGAGGAGCAGAGAGAGGGUGCUCAAUCUUCCGUUGCUUUCCUGAGAACUGGUUUGCACACCGUGUGUGUGGGGCUGGACUGUGCCUUAGCUCCUCGCGUCCUGGCUCAUCCCCUCCGUCCCUUCUCCAGCCUGUGAGGGACAGCCAGCUCUGGUGUGCUGGGGACCAGGGAGCUGGGGUGGCGUCACCCAUGGCCCCCUGGACAGUGAUGGAAUCUUGGAGCUGUCAGGGUCCCUGAUAGGGAACGCAGUGGUGGUGUCCCUGUGGGGCAGGAGGGUUGAAGGGAGCCGUGCGGUGUUAAAGGAGGUCUCCACCAUCUGCUCCUACUCCGUUCCUCUCUGAUACCCUGUCCUCUGGGCCUGGGAGGGAUGGGAGGGGGGUAGCCCCCUUUCCCAGAGGUUCUGGGGACUGCCUCAGGAUUCUCCGUCAGAAAGUGGCUGCAGGCCCCCACCAGGCUGGCGGUGGGGGGGUGAGGAGCAGCAGCUCCUGCAGUUGCCUGGCUGUGGCCGUGGCCUGUGGCCCUCACCCUGCCUGAUGGGUUUGCAGGGUCCCACUCUGUUCUGCCUCCAGGGCUGCCAUCCUUGUCCCCCCAGAACCCUAGGCUCAGACUCCGAUUUUCCUGGUUCGGGAGCAGACAGACCAGAGCUACCAGCCGUUUGGAAAACUUCUCGUGACUACCUUCCUGAAAACUGCUUUCUUCCCCCUUCCCAGUUCCAACAUUUGAACGAGCUGAAUCACCUGGGCUCCUCUUACUCUCUUCAGAGGAGGCCAGGUCGUAUAGAGCAGGGGGGUGUGGGGGGGAAGCGCCAUCCUCUCCACUUCUGGGUCUACUGUUGACUGAUGGGUGGGUCACGCAUCUUCUCUGGGCUCAGCUUUUCCCAUCUAUAAAGUGGGUGUAAUCAUACGUACCUUACCUCCCAGGAUUCUUGUGGGGCUUGGCGAGUUUUUGUUUAAAAAAAUCUUUUUGGCUUGGAAAGGGAUGUAGGAGGCCAGGCAUUAUAAUGGGAGGAAUUGUUCCAAGUCUGUCCUGUCCUCAUCUCUAUGUCCCAUCCCUAGGAGACACACACACGGACUCACACACAUGCACACGCACGCAUGCACUUUCUCACUCAUUCUUGCUUUCUCUCUCUUCCCACUCCUCCCCCUUGGAAUUAUUUUAGUCUUUGUAAUAUUAGAAACCUUGGCUCUGAUGCUUAAAGUUUCUUACCCCUGGCUUUUGUUUGGGAGUUUGUAAUAGAGGUGGUAUAAUAGGGACUGCGGGGGCACAUUUUUGGUAGCCUCAAUGCCUGGGGGCCCUAUGGGCAUUUAGUGAGUGCUCAAGAAUGCUCUAUUUCACCCCCACAACAGAGAAGUGUUCGGCCCCAGUGUGAGGUGAUUGAUGCCCUUGGAGGAACACUGGCAUGGAUUUGCAACAGAAUGUCUAUGGGCAAAACCACCUUCCCAGGCAAAGCCUCAGUGUGUGCAGAUCUCCAGGCCUGGUGAAGGUGUUUCCAGGGCUUGUGGGGUAGAGAGAGCCAUUUACAGAAUUGAUCUUGGGAGCCCUGGAGGCAUGCAGCUGUGCUGACAGUAAAGUCAGUGAGACCAAAGACGGAGUCUUUCCUAGCUCCCCAUCUUUGACCUUAAAACGGGACCCCAGCAUUGUAGGCCUUGGGUUUCUCCCUGGGUAGGAAUUGAGCAAAAGGCCAUCAGAAUGAACCUGGAAGGCUACAGUCUGGGAGCGGGGGCCAGUGGAGCUCAGGCUUUUCCCACCUGGCUGGCUGACCAGAGCUGGAGGUGGAGCGAGGGGUGUGACAGUGUGCCCCUGAGAUGGUGUCAGGUGAGGGUGUGUGGGUGGAGACGCAUGCUGUGGCCUGGGGGGCUGUGCAUGGCAGUGGGGAUGUAUGGACAUAUGUGUGCCUGAGAUGGGGGAGACUCAGCACAUUUGGGGAGCCAUCCUCCCUGGCCUGAACUAUACCUGUUGGGACACCAGGAGCCUGAGAAAGGAUAAGAGACUGAGGGGAAGACCAGCCAUGCUCUUAGGUUCCAUAACUCCAUGACUCCCUCCCACUGUUAUGGACAGCUGCCAGGAGUGCUGGGGGAGGGAGGACAAGGAGUGGAACUUCUUGAGAAAACGCUACGGCUUGCUUCACCUUACUGUGUCCGAGGUUGGAGUCCCUCCCCUCCCACCUCCCACCUGAUAUUCAGAGCUUUUAACUAUCUUAUGCAUGGUUUAUUCCUUUGGCUUGGAUGACAAUACCCAUAGUCAAUUUUUAAAUGUAACUGUAGAUCAAAACAAUGCAGCAAUGGGUCUGGGAGGCCUCUGGUCCAUGGGUGCCGCUGGGAGGCACAGAUGUGCACACACCCAGCAAUGACUUGUGUUCAAGCACAGAACAGAUGUGAUCAACGAUCUUGCCUUUAUAACACAUUUGGC